UGUAGCAAGCUGGAGAUUUUGGCUUCCAAGAUCCUCCUCUAAUUCCGCGACGGUCCCUUGUUCGAUCAUUCAAUCAUCAUCAGUAUGGUUGAAAUAGUAAGUGUAAUACAGAAUGAUCGUCAUGAUGAGAGUCUCAACCUGAUGCCACUGUACAUGAGCACCAUUGCAGGCAUGUCGACCUGUUUGGGUGCCGUUUGGGUAUUGUUUCAGAAACGUCCAACCCGAGGCCGUCGAUCUUCCAAUGAGCCCGUGAUUCAGCCCUCUACCAUGUGCUUUUCUCUGGCGUUGGCCGGCAGUGUCAUGGUGACGGUCAGUGUGGUAUCCAUCAUUCCCGAAUGUUUGCGAGAUGACGACUAUGACGGAGAUGAUAAAUAUCGGAUGAUACCCUUAUGGUCCAUGACGGCUCUGAUUCGAAUGGCUUGUCAUAUUCUUGGCUAUGUGCUCUACUUUCUACUCGCCAAGUUUGCCUUUCCAGAACCAGACGAAAUUCUGGGACUUCAUGCCAGGGAUAGUAGUAUGAUUGAUACUAUCAUUGACACCGAGUUGGCCAAUGAACUGCUCUUGGAAGAGUCUUGCACUCAUGAUCCAGUCGACAACAAGGUCACAAUCAAAGAGGUACCUACCACGAGCAGUACUACCACAAGUACUACCCCCGGCAAACUAUCCCCUGUCCGAACAGCGGCCCGCAACAGACGAAUGGAAAAGGGCACUGCUGCUGCUGCCGCUGUUGUUGUGAGUAUUCCGCCAGUACCUCCCACCAAAGAAAAACCAGACUUUUUCCGCCACCUCUCUCGAUUAUCGUCCGGAGCCGACUUGGAAUCCACCGAAUCGAGGAGGGCCUGGCGAGUGGCCAUGCUAUUGUUUUUAUCGUUAUCCGUCCACAAUUUCCCCGAAGGCUUGGCCGUGGCGGCGUCGGCCAUGGAGUCGCCGCAAUUGGGCUGGAAGGUCUGUAUUGGAAUCAUGAUUCACAAUAUACCAGAAGGAAUCUCUAUUGCCGUGCCGUGCAUGGCGGCUCGCCCGGACAGUCCCUGGUUGGCAUUUGGAUUGUCUGCCUUGUCGGGGUUGGCAGAACCGUUUGGAGCCUUUGUGGCCAUGUUUGCUCUGCGCGAUAUUGGCAAUGACGGCGUGGAGGCAGGACUGUGGUUCAAUAUGGAAAAUGUACUGGCAUUUGUGGCCGGGAUUAUGAUCAUGGUGGCGGUGGCAGAACUCUUUCCCGAAGCAUUGCGACAUACCAGUCAGGGAAAGUUUCAUUUUGUGGCUGGAACUCUUGCCGGUGUGCUGCUGAUGCUUGCCACAGAGCUCUAUUUGGAGUAGUUUACUACGAGCAGUAGCAAACUACUAUGAAGCACCAAUCAACAAGAGGCAGAGGAGACAACGGUGAUCUGAUGGUUUGCAAGACAGAAAUAAUCAUCUGUGGCUUCAAUGGAGUCGCUCUUGCUGGCCAUGUUCCUGAAUUUCCGGUUGUCGCCGAUUUGGUGCUUCUACGUCAACGAAGCCUGUCCUCAGGUUUGCGGCAUUCCUCCCUGUCUGAAUCCACUUCUGACAGAUUGAUUGCAGAAAUCAAACUUGGGAGGAUGGUUGGACACGGCAAAGGGACGAGGCAUGGCAGUCGUCAAUCAAGACAAGGCAGUUGCUGUCACGAUCUCUGCAGUUGCGCCCAGGCUUGGCGUGCAUGCCUAGCUAGACAUCUCCACUAAUCACUCCAAGAAUGCCACCUUUAUCCAACAGCUAGCUAGCAGACGGCUCCAAGUGUUGUUUUCGUGGGUUCUAUUGUUAUUCUUAUUCAUGUGUGCAAAUCAUUUCAUCAGUGUGGGUGGGUGGGUGGGUACCGAUCAACCGUCACGAGAAAGAGCUCCUCGCUCCUUCUCAGCUCAGCCUCCUGUUCGUUUUGCGGAGCCUCCAGUUGGCUUCAGGCUUUCUUUUGUUGUUUCAGUCGCUGAUUAGUUGGCCAACUGUUGAACGGCCUUUUCGAAUUUCUCGAGUGCUUCGUUGACUUCUGCCUCGGUCACAAUAAGAGGUGGGACGAAUCGGACCACGUUGGUUCCAGCGGGCACCAACAACAAUCCCUGUUCCAUGGCGGCUCCCACAAUCUUUCCAGCGGGAAUAUCAUCGGAAAUGGCUUCCACUCCACGAAUCAAACCCCAUCCGCGCACAUCUCCCAAGACGGUGGGAUAUUUGGC